AUGUUCUACGAGGGCUCCCUCCAGGAAGGGAUUUCCGCGGCUGUUGGACAGCAGAAGAUGGUCUUGUGCUUCGUGACGAAUGAAUACGACGAGAGCAACAUCUGGGAAAGUGACUUCUUGCAAGAUCCCUCAUUGGUAGCCGUGAUUGCCAAGCAGGCCGUGGCCUUGCGCUUGAGGGCUGGCUCUGAGGAAGCUGGCUAUCUCGCCCAAAUCUUCCCGCUUCCUCAGACACCUACAAUUGUCAUCAUGAAGCAUGGCGAACUCAAAGAGUACGUAGCUGCAGGGACUACCAAAGACGAAUUCCUCCGUCGAAUUCGAAACUCGUUCAACGUAUCACCACCUCACACGGCGCAACCUGCCUCGGAUGCGCUUUCGUCCUCGCCCCCCGCCUCGCCUCACUCGGGUGGCACUCUACCGACAGUAGAGCAAUCAGAAAACGUACGGCGUGUCCUGGAAGAGCGAGCUGCGAAACUCGAAGCCGCCAAGGCGGCUGCCGAACAAAAGGCCAAGGAAGACUUGGCGAGGAGGAGGGCCAAGGCGGCAGCGGAAGCUAGUGAGGGUGCGCAGAAACAAGCCGAAUUGGCCAGGAAGAAAAAGCAGCAAGAAGUAGAGGACCGGAGGCGUAUUCUGAAGCGCAUCCAGGACGACAAAGAGGAACGGCGUCAGCGGGCCGCGGAACGAGAGCAGCAAAGGAUGGAAAUCCACUCACGAUCUGACUCCUCCCUGCCAGUCGGCACCGCGUCCCCAUUGAGAGCGCCAACGGUGGCCAGGAACAGCAAUCUUACUUCUAUUCAAGUGCGACUGUUUGACGGCUCGACGGUCCGAUCGCGGUUCAAGACUUCGGAUCCUGUCAAGGAGAUUCGAAAAUGGGUCGACGAGAACAGGACCGACGGCCGACUGCCCUACACGUUCACGCAACUACUCACACCGCUACCCAACAGAUCGAUUGACGAAACAGAAGAGGAAAAGUCGCUAGGAGACAUGGGCCUGUCUCCUUCGUCUACUCUUAUUCUGAUCCAUGUCCAAAGCUAUUCUUCGGCAUAUGACGGCUCGUCACAAGGGGUCCUUUCCUGGAUUCUUGGUUCAAUAUUAGCUUUUCUCGCCCGGCUCCUCGGCUUGAUUGGUCUUGGUGGAGGUGGUGGCCGCAACAGCCACGACAUGGCUCCUCAAGAGUCAGAUGUAGCCUCUGCACACGCCAAGAGCCGUCGCGUCCGCGGGUUUGAGAAUCCCGAUGAUCAAAGACGGGACCACCAGCUGUAUAACGGUAAUUCGUUGAACUUUGAGCCCAGGCCUGACGAGGAUGAAUAG